AUCAGUUUACUUUAGUAAAUAAAUCAACAUGAAGGCCUUCAUCGUUUUGGUUGCUCUGGCUUUGGCCGCUCCUGCUCUUGGUCGCACCAUGGACCGUUGCUCCUUGGCCAGGGAGAUGUCCAACCUGGGUGUUCCUCGUGACCAGCUGGCUCGUUGGACUUGCAUUGCCGAGCAUGAGAGCUCCUACCGCACUGGAGUUGUUGGUCCCACCAACUACAAUGGAUCCAACGACUAUGGCAUCUUCCAGAUCAACGACUACUACUGGUGCUCUCCUCCCUCUGGACGCUUCUCCUACAACGAGUGUGGCCUGAGCUGCAAUGCCCUGUUGACCGAUGACAUCACCCACUCCGUGCGUUGUGCCCAGAAGGUCCUUAGCCAGCAGGGAUGGUCUGCCUGGUCCACCUGGCACUUCUGCAGCGGCUCCCUGCCCUCCAUCGACAGCUGCUUCUAAGUUGAUUCUGACCCUGAAUAAAAUAAUGACUUGAACCUGCA